AUGGGCAACGCUCCCAGGACCACCACUGCGAGGCACACACCAGACUGCCUCGCCGCAGCCUGCGGGCUCUGCGGCGUCCACCGGGCAGCGCCGUCCGCCGGCAGCAGCCGGUGGCGGGGAGGAGCGGAUUGCUCGCGCCACAAGGGCAGGAUGUCGAGCCGCGUCGCGCCGGCUGUCGAUGACGUGCUACAGGAGGCCUUGGACGCUGUGGCGGACAACGUCAAGCCAUGGCACACCGCCGGGUUUGUGUUCGUCAAGCAGCUCCAGGACGCGGUCCGGAACCACGGCCGCGUGGACCUGAUGACGGACGGCGACGGCACUAACAGGGUCGCUGUCAAGAGGAUGCCGAACAAGUGGGUGCGCGGCGGUCCCGCCGAGUUCCAGCAGAUGUACCCGAACGCCUCCGAGAGACCCUGGGUCGACAUCGCGCUCGUGAUGCAUCUCAACACGCUGAGUUUCCCGUUCGUGUGCGAGCAGAGGGGAGUGUUCCGUGACGAAGAGAACACGUACGUGGUCAGCUCCCUCGCGUCCGAGGGCGACCUCUUCGGCUGGUGCGAGCGGGAGCCGUUCCCUGGCAAGGCGCGCGAGGACAAGAUGCGCCCGCUCGCCGCACAGGCCUUCUCCGCGGUGAGGGGAUCAGGGUAA